AUGAGUCUACGUUUUAUUCUUAAGAUAUUGCUUGCUUUGAGUGUCACCUGUAAUGGCGCGAGAGCAGAACGAUUCUGCCAUGACGAUAUAUAUAGGCUAACUUGGGAGGCCCAGAAAGAGCUGACAACGUACUUUACUUUGGAGAGGCGACGUCUGGGAUUACGGACGGAAGCGACUUGGUCGACGCAUUUUGAAUACAUAGGUCGACUAUGCUUUGAGAAGCUUACCCACGACUCGAACGGGAUACGACUAGAAUGCUCGCUCAACAGGCAGCUGCUAGGUAUAUGGCUAAACUGGCACGGGGCGGCGGAAGCUUUGGAUGUGCGUGUCACGACAAUCCGAGGACGCAAAACAGUCCGAUGA